UUCAGGAAAUGUAUAUAUUUCAUUCAUACUUUUCGGCGCAAUGACGCUUCGUCCAUUACAUUAAACCGCGGAAAAUCGCCUGUUAUUUUGUUUUAUCGUUUGAGAAAUGCACCAAAAUUGUUUUCCAAAUUUUCCUGAUAUGUUUCAGAGACGUCCCCAUUUUCAGGUUUUGACGGUUUUAUGAAUCAAGGUUCAGAUGGUUUAGACUUGCUCCACCUUUAAAUCGGCGUCGAAUUUUAAAACAUAUUUAUUUUUCAGGUUACCUUCUUUGCUGCAAGUAUCAGGAUGACGGUCGCCGUCUGAAAGCUGAGCCAUUCGAGGACGACGAAGAGCCCGGAAUCGAAAGAGAUCCUGUUAGCUGAACGAGACCGAGGCGUCGGUUCGCCACUCCUCGAGGUUGACUUUUUACAGCGACCUGGACGUCGAAGGAAGGGAUACAAAAACGACUAAAGGGCAAUUCAGUAGAUGUUGAUUCUUGAGUUGACAUCUUUAACAAGAUUACAACAUGUUGCAGAAGUACAGAAGGUUUGGCAAGCCGACUACGAUAAAUACCGUGAAAAAUCAAAGGCUGAAGGAACUUGCCCGGGAGAAUUUUAUCUUGCGUUCUUCAAGGUUGACCCUCCUCCGUAAGGUGAGAUGUUUCCGGACGAAGAGAAAAAUUUAUCACGGCUUCGUUUUGCCAAUGUACGCAAAACUGAUUUCGAAAGGUCUGUAUGCAGGGAGCAUACAGAACAUUAACAGAAGUAGCGCCGGUGAUGGGAGAUCUCUACCGCUCGGUAGGGUUCCGAACCCGGUGACCAUCAAGUUCAGGCAGCACAGCGAAAACAAGGUCGUUGUGAACGUGACCAACCCGUUGGAUGAGAACCGAAUCAUAAACUUUUCAAAAGACGAGCUGGAAAAGGGGAUCUACGUUGUCGUGGGAGCGGAGGAGUUAGAAAACCGGAAGUAUCGGUCUCUGGUGAAAUUCCUAGUAGAAAAGGACGAGGGUCUGUGCAACACCGACGUGGCUGUAAAUACGAGUCAUAUUAAGAUCAAAAGGGAUAAAGAAACGCUUUCUUUCAAGAAGUUCGUUUUGGAUACAAAAGAUUCUGGUUUUUCUAAAUCAUUGUCUUCUCAGUGCGAAGAUUUAUACGAAAUAUGUUUCCCAACAUCCAUGGAACAGGACGAAGACGACGACAGUGAUUCGUACAAAAGUGCUCUAUCCCAUCUGGGUUCGCCUUGCCGCGGGUCGGAUGCGACAAUCGUCGCCGAUGAGGUAUCCGUGCAACCCGUGAAGAAGGAAGAACCUAAAGAGAUCAAAAAGAAGAAACUCAAGAACAGAAGUACCAAAGUACUUUUUCAUUCUAGAGAGAAAAUGCCGGAGAAAGCCAACGGAUGUACAAAUCGCAAAACCGACUCAGUGACCAAAAUACACACGAAUUAUUUUAAGACUGGCGCUGAGCAGUCGUCGAAUUAUUUGUUAAAGCUCAAAGACGCGAAAAGGAGGAAAAUGUCGACUAUGAAGAAAUCGAAGAAAAUGUCUCGCUCUUUUUGUUCCAUUGUGAGCAGCGAAUACUCUCAGAUCAACUUGCUGGGGACAAAUGAGGCCCGAGGGCACGGGGCUAAUUUCGGUCUCAGCCCUCACGAAAUCUCGGACAGGAAACGGUUGAAAAACGAAAGGAACAUCACGUCAGUCUCUCAAGUCUUGAAAGGUGUCGCGGUGGCGUUGAAACCGCUGCAGGAUCAGCUCGUCGAUCUCAAGUCGAAGAUGGUCAAGUUCAGGCAGAACGUACCGAAGGACGUCAAAAAGAAUGAUACUUCAACCAAGAAAGAGAUCGAAGAAAUCGUCAACGCCAUUAUGUGCGCAGACGGUGCACAUGAAAAUCUCCCGAGGUACAUUUACGGCCAUCCUUCUUACUCGGAGCCAAAACGAAAGUUCAAACAGUUUGAAAGCCAACAAAGCUCCAGUUCCAGGAUGAUGUCUCAAGGGCCAAACAGUUCCUUCUGGCCGGAUACGCCCCCUGAAAAAGAUUUAUCCCGCUACAUGAAAUGCACCUGCCUGGAUAGGAGCAGGACACAUGAAGAGAGGCACAGAAACAGGGCCAACUUGAAUCGAUUUUGCACAACGUACAUCCAACAAGAAAAAAUCCAGAACAGAUUUAACUUCGGUUAUCGCUACGACCACUACUUGCGAAAUAAAAACGUCGGCAAAAAUCUGUACUCCAAGCCGCCUGAUAUACCCCCGAUUAUGUCUCCGGGAAACAAACGAUAAUUCUUUUAGUCCGUCUCGUAUUAAAACAUAAAAAAAUCAAUAAAAAUUUAUAUCAUCAAUAGCCAAUAAUAAUACAAAGUGAUCAAUUGCGUGUUAAA